GUUACAUAUGGCUGCGUCCGAAGCGUGUCUAGCCGCAGAGGAACGUGAGCAUGAUCAAGAAAGGGAUCAUUUUCAGAAAGUUUGCCUUGCCUUUUCAUAUUAUCGAACUUUCUCUUUGAAGAGAGUUGCUCAAUCCCAUGAGAAUUUCUCGUGUCUUCCAUCAUACCAUCAGCAACUAUUACAUGACUUCUUACCUAAUCUUGAGAGGCUGAAAGCUGCUAUUGACGUUAAUUAUGAGUUUGUGGACAAGUUGCUGAAAUCUGCACAGGGCAUGUUUGUCAACUCAGAUGUUGCAGACUCUCCACCUUGUGGACGUGGUGAUAACUGUAAAGAAUACAGUGUGAGUGAUUCCAGAUUGUGUUCGCAUAUUCCUUCUGGUUUCGAUAUGGAGAAAGUGAAGACAACACUAAAGCAGUUUUAUAGAGACUGGAGUGCUGAGGUUUGA